ACUCGUCAAUUCGAUGUAACAUAGUGCGGUCGUGUCGCUACAGGGCUCAUUGUAGUUCGCACGAAAGCCCUUAACAGUGCCUGUUCAAAUGUAGUCCCCUUGGUGUUAUUUAGAACAAAACCACCUUUAGAAAUUCGAGAGGAUAAUCGAUGAAAACAUCAGUAGCAUUCUAAUAGAUUAUUGUUACAUCGUCGUCCACCGUCGCGAGCAGUUCCGUCCCGAUGGGUUGAGUACGCCGACACUUUGUGUUUGUGGUUACACCACUGACGUUGGUUACAAAAGAGAAUAUAACUUCAAUCAGGUGUGACAACCCUGCUUUAGUUACGAAGAAUCCAAUGCUGUCUCCGAGGCCAGUUGUCGGUGCAUCGUCAGCAGAACCGUGAACACUGGCAAACCACUCACCAGUUUGAUGGUUGCUCUCCCACUGGAGAAAAUAGUUUACACGCACUGUCACUUCAUUGUUAUUAAAUUCCUCAAUAUCUUCUUCAUCUUAUAAAUCUAUAAUAUUCAUUUAUUUUAUCAUAAAUUAAACGAUAUGAGCAAAAUGUUGAAAGUAGUCGGCGCCUCCUGGCUCCAGACGAAAAUAAGUUCGUACAUACUGGGAUUUCUUGGCGUCUUGGCCAUCUUAGCGCUAUUUGCCGGACAAAUGGAGAGAAUUCAGGAAGACGGAAACUACGCUGCGACCGUAUUUUAUUCAGAGAAAACCGGAUAUCGCAUCGAGUACUGGGGACAAAGUAAUGACUUGGCUGAUUUACCUAAGGGAGUCGCCCGGGCCUAUUUUAGAAUGGACAUUGAAACUACAGGAUGGUCUCUUCUGGAAGUAGAAACAGACGGUUCAUACAGAGAUGACAUUCAAGCAUACGCAGCGGGCAUAGUUGAAGGGGCACUCACAUCAUACCUCAUCCACACACACCUUGACAAUACGAUACGUGCGAAAUGUGAGUACCAGCCGGCCAAGAGGCAGUGCAACAGGCUGCGAGACGAGUUGGACAAAUCUGUUAAUGUCUGGAAGAGUUAUGCGGCCGAGCAAGGAGCUGAUGACCCUUUCUGGCACCACGUAUCGCUAUACUACACACAAAUCGGCGGCAUAUACACCGGCUGGAAACAUGGGACCGAACGUAGUGGUAACUACAAAUACGACACAGAUAUAUCGGACUUGUAUUGGCUAAACUCCGUUGCCGACGUCGUGGAGCUACAACGCAAGCUGAACAUCACUAUAGACGACUCGGUCGUGAACCAGCUACCUGGGUUGGACAGUGCCUUCUUGAGGAUUGUAAAUGAGACGCUGGAUGAUGGAACAGUCGCAAAAAAACUAUUCAUUGCUCAUAAUGUGGCUGGAAGUUAUUCAUCAAUGACUCGCAUAUUAAAGAAGUACAAACUAAACUACCACAAGACGCCAACAGAUGCGACACCUGCUCCCGGAGUAUCAGUAGAGUUCUCGGGCUAUCCCGGUUCAAUCACAAGCCAGGACGAGUUCUAUGUAAUUAAAGGAAAAAACCACAGAAUGGCAAUAACAGGAACAUCUCUCAAGAAUUAUAACAAAAAACUUUGGAAAGGUGUGAACAUCACCGAGCAGUUACCAGUGGGCCCUCGUGUAUCAGUUGCUAACAAACUGGCCUCGAACGUAAGUUCGUGGGGGCGCACAUUAGCAGCGAGUAACUCUGGAACGGCCUCGAAGCAGUGGCUUGUUGUUGAUUUCGUACAAUUCCAACGCCUACACGCACACAUGGACGCCUUCGUUAAAAGCGAAAAGAAGGAGAUCAUCACAGAGAUCACUGUUAACAAGGACGUAAAGCACACGAUCAUCCACCGGUCGGGCGGCGGGCGUGCGAAGGGCGCAGUGUGGCUGCUGGAGCAGGCGGCGGGGCGCACGCAGUCCGCCGACAUCACGGCCGCGCUGCUCGACACGCAAUACUGGGCCACCUACGGGCUGCCGUUCUUCAAAGACGUUGCAGAAAUAACACACGUAACGAAAAUGGAAGCGAUCUACGGGAAGACAUUCUCGGAAUCAGAAUCACCGCGUGCAAUAACUUUCAAACGCGGGUAUAAAAACGCGACAUCUUUGGAGAGUAUUAUAAAACUGAUGCGUACGAACAACAUGACAGCAUUAUACAGCUCCGGAAAUGGCACCGACACCGCCGAAUGUUUCGAUGAAUUGGAUUGCGUUCUUAAGGAAGCUGACCGCUGGUCUGUCCUGGGAGUCAGAGGCGAUAUUGUAAAGAAACACAAAGCCCCCUAUGGAGUUAUUGAUACGAAGGUCGUUAGUGGUACAACAGACAGCGAUACGUUGGAAUUCGUCGCGAUAUCCAGUCCUCCGUUCGUUGAGCCCCCUCAAUGGAAUGAAACAGAGACACCAAUUAAUAAAGGAACUGUGGCUUCCAUUUACACCAACCAAUUCGAUGACGAACCAACUAUAAAUGGCUUAGAAAUACGGGAUCUUGUAAAACAGCAAGCUGAGCAGAAGGCACAAGAAAUCUUUAAUAAAAACACUCUUAAACCGUUUCAGUGGUCAGAUAGUCUUUUCGAGGACAUCACACACGAAGGUCUUCCCGAUAAAUGGGCCUUCGGUCCAUUCAAACCCAAGUGGUCCUGGUGAAUCUCUGAAUAUUCUUGAAUCUUUCAUAAUAAUUUGAAAUUUAAUAUAUAUUUUAUUUUAACGAAAAGUAAACACAAACUGUACUUAAAAAUAAUAGGUAAAUUUCAUUCAAUGCUUAUUCGUUUAUACAAAUUAUAGUUAUUGUUUUCGUUUUUUCGUUCAUAUUUCAUAUUGUCCGUGAGAGUUGUCAUAUUUUAAUAUUUAAUUUUUAGCUGUGCCUGUCAUGCUCAUCUCUAUUUUGUUAAAAACAUUCGCUGACGCGCUCAAAUCAACCUAUCAAAAUUUUAAACAUGCAAAGAAUCAUUUAUUUUUAUAUAUAAUUUAGAUAAUCGUUAGUGCGUGUGUUUGUGAUCGUGUGACUUCUGAACACAGAACACAAUUACUCUUUACUGAGAGAAGGAGUAACUGUCCUAUACAGGAAACUGAGAGCUUCUGAACGACUUGACAGAUUGGUGUUGUCAUCAUUAUAUUUGUUAUAACAAGACUAUGGCUCAUAGCUGUGCUACGAUCCGAUAGGUGGCAUUGUAGUCAAGUUAUAAACAAAUUCUAUUUAUGGACCAAAUUUACUCAUACAAUAUACAAAAUCUGGACCCGAUAGGUGACGCUGUAGUCAAAUUAUUAUAAAUUUUAUAUAAUAUACUCAAAAGUCCGGAGUGAAUUCCGGGUGAUUAUAGAUUUUACUUCAAUCCUAAUUCACCCCAUCACUGAGGAGUCCCAGAGUGAAAAAAUUACUCCGUAUAUAAUUUUUGUGUUUUUGUACAUCCUCCUGAUCCAGUAACUUAUCAAUCAAAGUAUCAUUCAAUUCACAUUUUCUCAAUAUCAACCAAAAAACUGAAUGGAACGGGCAGAAUAACAUCUGUUGAGAGCGUCAGAUCAGCAUCAGCUUUUAUUUUAAUAAAGUAUUGAAAGCAACUAUCUUAAACAAAUCUAUCUAAUUUAUCAUACUUUCUUCAUCAAUUCGCAUCAAGCUAAAAAUCAUUUCAUCGUCCCCUUUUUCUUCGUAUAUGUAAUAUGUAUUAUAAUUCUAGUCUUAACAUUUCAUUGUAAUCUAGUUUUUUGUUUUAUUAAUCCAAAACGAUGAAAGUUCUGUGAGUCUGAUGAUCCGUUACUACCAAUUUUUUUUUCCGUGAAUAAAUAAAUUCGAUUAUUACUGUUAAAAAAUUUACAUAGGUAAUCAAAUAUAAUGAAAACAUUUACAGGUAUUAUUUAUGCAUUUAUGCUCAUAAGGGCAGGACACGAUAUUGUCACAGAGACUCGAGAAAGAGAUGAAAAUUUACGUACGCACGUAUUCACACACGAACAAACAUCGUUUAAAAACUUAUAAACUUAGAAUAGAAAGAUAUGUUGAAAUUAUGAAUUAAAUAUCGGGCCGCAUACGGGAAGUUCAUAACAUUCAAUACUUUAUUAAAAACUCUACACAAUGUAAAUUAAUUCAAUUAAAAUCUGAUAGUGCAUUUUUAUUUAUUCCAUUUUAUUUGUAAUAAUUGUCCUCUUUGUCAAUUUAUCAUUACAUUUCGUUUCUUAGAUUUAUUCGCCUAUCAUUUUAUUCGCCAUAAUCGAUUUAACCAUAUUGUUUAUUCUUUUGAUGGCUUCUAGCGACUCAUCUUCUAUUUAAUAGAAAUGUGUUUUACAUGUUUUUAAACUAUUUAUUUUUCAUUAUGUUUUCAAAGUAGAUUUGACGUAUUUUAAUAUAGAAUACGUUAUUAUUUAUUACAAAAAUAAAUAUAAUAAGAAUGAAGUGACUUAAAAUAUAAAAGGGGCAUAUCGAUUUGUUCUCG